UAAUACUACAACACAUAUUGCUAGUACAUAUUCCUGCCGCUACAAAACUCCACUUGCUAUUAGUACUUUUUGAGUUCUUGUCAAAUGGCUAAUCUCUCGUUGUUGCUAGCAGUUUUAUUAUCUCUUUCACUUUCAGUUGUUUUAGCAGCUGAUGCUAGUGCUCUCCAAGAUUUCUGUGUUGCAGACCCAAAAAGCCAAGUGUUAGUGAACGGUUUGGCAUGCAAGGAUCCAAAACUGGUGGAAGCAAAUGACUUCUUCUUCAGUGGUCUUAACAUAGCAGGCAACACCACAAACCCCGUAGGGUCUAGGGUCACACCAGUCUUCGCAACUCAGCUUCCAGGGUUAAACACUCUCGGCAUCUCCAUUGCUCGCAUCGACUACGCCCCAUGGGGCCUUAACCCUCCUCACACGCACCCUCGUGCCACCGAAGUCUUGACCCUUCUCGAUGGCACCUUAGAAGUUGGAUUCGUCACUUCCAACCCCGAAAACCGCCACUUCAGGAAAGUUCUACACAAGGGUGACGUGUUUGUGUUCCCCAUUGGACUCGUCCAUUACCAGAGAAAUGUUGGGUAUGGCAAUGCUGUUGCUAUUGCAGCGCUUAGUAGCCAGAAUCCUGGAGUCAUCACCAUUGCUAAUGCGGUGUUCGGGUCUAACCCUAGCAUUGCUGGAGAUGUUCUUGCUAAGGCUUUUCAAUUGGAUAAUGCCACCAUCAAUUAUCUAGAGUCCAAGUUCUAGACAUGGACAUGCAUGCACGUGACGUGAGAGAUUGAAUUUGAUUCAUUAUUAAUUGCUUUCUUGUGUGUUGGUUUAUGCAUUUCGAUUUGCAUGCUUUAUUGUUAUUUGUGGUCUUUCUGUUUCCUUUGGUAUUAAGAUGUAUCACUUGAUUAAUUUGUGCAAUG